GGAGCUCGCCCCAAAAAUCCCGGGGGGAUCCCUGGGUUUGGGGUCUUUUGAGGGGAGGGAUGUUUGGAGCUUGCAGGGCUCCAAAGCCGAGCCGCAGGUGCCCUCGGGGGGUCCCGGGCGGUGUUUUUGGGGGGUCCCGGUGGCGGCAGAGGGGCAGGGGGAUGCGGGACCCCCGCGGUGGGGGUUGAGCUUCCCGGGCCGGGCCCUCCGAGCUCAGUGGGGAGCGGUGGGACCGGGGGGACCCCGGGUUUGGGGAGCCCCGGGAGAGCCCCUGCACCCCGAAGCAGAGAAUAGGGGGAGAAGGGACCCCGGGACCCAAAAUCUCCCAGCCCCCCUAAGUGGGGUGGUGGAAAAAGGGGGGAAUUUUUUGGAUUCCUGGGACUCUCAGCUGCCUGGGGAGGGCAGGGACCGAGUAGACGGGGGGGCCCCCAGUACAAGCGUGACCCCCGACAGCUGGGACAGGGGGGAGCCUGAACACCAAAUGGGAGAGACCAGAGAUGGGGAACUCCUGAGGGGCAUUUUCAGGCUUGAUUUUUGGUAUUUGGGAGGUUCACAUGAACCCCAGAUUCCCGGUGACUUCUAGAGAUGGACUUGGACAGAAAAGGACCUUCAAAAUCAAUGUGCUCAUCCCUUGAUUUUCUCCAAACCAGGAUUUCUCAUCCCCAAACCUUGGCUGGAUGGAGGAGGCUGCGAGGAGGAGGAAGAUAUCCCUGGGACAGCCAGGCAGAAAAGGAGCUGAGGAAAGAGACCAGGGAGGACAAAUCCCCACAGCAGAACCUCCUGGAAGAGGCCGUUUUGAGUGGAUCCACAGCAGAGAAAUCCAAUGGGGAGGAAAAGCGCCCCGGAUCCUGCAUGAGGAGGGGCUCCAAACACAUCCAAAGGUGCCCUGGUGAGGAAACACCCACCCUGUGCCAGGACCGUGGCCGGAGAUCCAGCCAGAGCUCAGACCUGUUUGUCCAUGAGCAGCUUUGUGACAAAGAGAGGCGCUGUGAGUGCUUGGAGUGUGGGAAGAGCUUUGGCAAGAACUCCUCCCUGAUCCGCCACCAGAGGAUCCACACUGGGGAACGGCCCUGCCAGUGUGGGGAAUGUGGGAAGGGCUGCAGAGACAGCUCUGAGCUGAUCAAACACCAGAGGAUCCACACUGGGGAACUGUCUCCGCGGGGCCUGACCGGGAUUGAGAGACUCUGGAGACGUUCUAGGUUCCGCAGGGCAGGGCAGGAAGACCCGAUGUUUAUUUACAAAGUCACUUAUAUACAUUUCAUAUAAUGACCAUCGAUUGGGGGAUGGAAUCCCCACCUCCUACUUCACACUGGUCAAGCUGUCAAUGACCUUUUCUCCUCCCAGCUAGAAAUAUGUAAACAAUGGGAGACAGUUAGGAAAACAUGCCAAUGUUUACAUUAGCAAGCGGGAGAAACUGCCUAGCCAGGGACAGAGCCUCAUGGCAACAGGGAACGGCCCUACGAGUGUGGGGAGUGUGGGAAGGGCUUCAGAAACAGCUCUGAGCUGAUCAAACACCAGAGGAUCCACACUGGGGAACGGCCCUACGAGUGUGGGGAGUGUGGGAAGAGCUUCACCCAGCGCUCCGGCCUCAUCCACCACCAGAACACCCACACUGAAGAAAGGCCGUAUGGCUUCAACCAGAGGUCCCAACUG